AGCCCAAACACUGUUUGCCAACCAAGGAAGGCGAAGAAAAGGGGCGCUAAACAGAAAUCAGAGGCAUGACAAAAGAACAGCCCACGCAAGCCACAUUGUAACCACGCUGGAAAGAGAAGAGAAAUAAGAGCUUUGGAAAGAUCUGUGUUAUUGUCGGUAAUUACGCUGUUACACCAAAAUCUGUGACCCAUCAGAGAUAGGCGGAAGUAAACAAUCAGAAGCAGCACGUGCAGACUGAGCACUUUAUUAUUCUUAGCUGAAUAUUUCAGAGUUUCAGCAACAAUGUCUUCAGUUCAGCAUCUGAGAGAGUUUAUCAGCGAGCGACUAACUGCUGCUGCUGAAGAAAUAUUCAUAAAGUUUGAAAAAACCAUCGUCCAGUACGAAGAAGAGAUCGAUCGUCAGCGAAAACUGCUGGAUAUCACCUGGAAACCACAGAUAAAGUUAAUCAGAACAGGCCGCCCUCAGCAGCAUGUCUGUGAGGAAAAGGAAGCGCUCGCUGACCACCUGCCUUAUGACCAAGACAGGAACUCCAGACUGGACCAGGCAGAACCAGAUCCAAUAAAAGAGGAUGAGAAGGAAGCAUGCAGCAGUCAGCAAGGAUUAAUUAAACAGCAGUCUGAUACCGUUAUGUCAAAUCUCACCGAUCAGAAAGGUGACUUGAGUGAACCAGAAGCAAACUCUGUCCAGGUUCACUCAAAUAAAUCCUACAUAACUGAAAACCAAGACGGAAGCCACAGUAAUGGUGAAAACAACGCUUCCAUGUCUGUAAACUGUGAUGUUUGUGGAAGAGCCUUUGAGGAUAAAUACAGCAUGGAGCAGCAUCACAGAUCCCACACAGAUGUGAAGCUGUAUACCUGCCAAACAUGCGGGAAAAGUUUCAGUCAAAGUUGUAUUUUGUUGGACCACAUGGGAAUUCACACAGCCGAAAAACUCUAUGCUUGUGAGACGUGUGGAAAAAGCUUUUCUCACCGAGGAAACCUGACGGUCCACAUGAGAAGCCACACAAGUGAGAAACUUUUUUAUUGUGAAACUUGUGGGAAAAGCUUCCAUAAUAAAAGUUAUUUAACAGUCCACAGGAGAAUCCACACUGGUGAGAAGCUGUAUUCCUGUGAAACAUGCGGGAAAAAGUUCACUCAUAGUGGUCAUUUGUCUGUGCACAAGCGAAUCCACACCGGGGAAAAAGCAUAUUCCUGUGAAAUAUGCGGUAAAAGUUUUAAUCAAAACAGUAGUCGGUUGACCCACAUGAAAAUCCACACAGGUGAAAAGCCUUUUUCAUGUGUUAUAUGUGGGAAAGGUUUCAGACAAAGGAAUAAUUUGUUGAGUCACGUGAGAAUCCACACAGGUGAGGUGUAUUCUUGUAGGAUAUGUGGAAAGAUUUUCCGUUGCAGCGACGGUUUUAAUGCCCACAUGAAAACUCACAAAGAAAAGAAGUAGUAUUCCUAUUUGGAAAGUUUAAAUUAGUCACACAGGCAGCGUUUUUACUUCUAACAGCAUUUCAGAAAAUGUUCAGCGCGAGACGAUUCCUCUUCUUUUUCAUCCUGCUGCGUUCUCUGUGAAAACUCAAAAUGAGCACUUUAAAGGCUUUCAGCCAGGACCCUCAUUUAUCAGCUGUUUCUAGAGACUGUCCUGAACUCCAAAUGAAAAUUAAAAUGUUUAGCUACAAAAAACCUGAAGUGUGCGGAGGCCAGUCGUAACACAUUAGUCAGUAAUUGGCUGAAAAAAUAUCCGUUUAGUUCACGUUUCAAGUUCCGUUAACAAAAAAAAACCUUAUUUGAAGCUCACUUGCAAACAUUUAAUAUUUAACAAUCAGAGAGAAUACAAGUGAAUAGAUGCAGAGAGAAAGUAAAGCAUUGAAUGAUCAGUAAGAUUUCCCUCUUUUUUUUUAAGCAUUAUUAAAUUGUCUAAUAUUAAACUGAAAAAAAUGUCGGCACACAGAUGAGAUGAAACUGCAGCUGGAGGCGAACAGAACUUUUACCUUGGAUGUUGUAGUUUUAUACUGGGAAGCUCUCCGGUAUUAAAUGUUCUGUAGAGAUGAACGGGACUUGGUUUGACCUUACUCGUGGGACGGCUGUACGAGUGUUUGGUACUGCAGCCUGUAAAGAUCGAAACUUGACUAAAAACCGACAAACAUGAGGUCACCAGUGAUUCUGUUUCGGGUAGUGUCUGGUUUGACUGUGUUCAUAUUGUUAUAUUUUUUAACUAGAACUCAACUGUGUUUGUUUUUAACUCUGCUUUUGUAAAUGUUUUGGUUCUUCCUGCAGCUGUAUUUUAUAACGAGUUUUAUUUUACAUUUCUGUUUCUUUUAUGCGUCAACUUUACAGUUUCAGGAUAAUUUUAGGAAAUUGUCACUUCAAAAAGUGUUUAUUGCUUUUUAAAUUAAACUUUUUUUUGAAAGAUUUCCAGUUAUUUUAUGUUUCGAGCCUUUUUCCACUUUCUUACAGCUUUGAUUGGAAAAUAAAUAAAUGCUAAAACUGCUACAGGUUGGCAGGCUGUUUUAAAUGUUAUUAAAACAGAUUACAAUGAUUUGAAAAUCUCUUAAACCAAAAUGUCAUCUACAAGAACAUCAUAGAUGUAUAAAAUGUUGAAUGUGAGAUAUCUUAUUUUGUGAGAAAUGAUCAUUUUUAAGGGCUUUGAUCAGGGUCCACGCUGGUUCCUUAGUUGCCAGGUUGGG